UCCGCGCUCCGGCUGACACGCCUGACCCAGGUUAAACCACGCGGGUUCGUUGCCACUGGUGUCGACAUUGUCAAGAGAGAAACCGCAUUGGGAUUGUACAAGGGUCUCGGAGCCGUUCUGGGAGGUAUCAUUCCGAAGAUGGCCAUCCGAUUCACAUCCUACGAAACGUACAAGCAAUGGCUCGCGGACAAAGAGACUGGAGCCGUGACCAGCAAGGCCACUUUCCUCGCUGGUCUCUGCGCUGGUGUGACGGAAGCGGUGGCGGUGGUCAACCCGAUGGAAGUCAUCAAGAUCCGUCUGCAAGCACAACACCAUAGUCUGUCGGACCCUCUGGACACCCCCAAGUACCGCAGCGCCCCGCACGCCCUGUUCACCGUCAUCCGGGAGGAAGGGUUCAGCACCUUGUACCGCGGUGUCUCGUUGACCGCCCUCCGCCAGGGAACGAACCAGGCCGCCAACUUCACCGCAUACACGGAGCUGAAGGCCUUCCUGCAGCGAAGCCAGCCCGAGUACGCCAACUCGCAGCUGCCGUCCUACCAGACGACCUGCAUCGGCUUGAUCUCCGGUGCCGUCGGACCCUUCUCCAACGCUCCCAUCGACACCAUCAAGACGAGACUGCAGAAGACCCGCGCCGAGCCCGGCCAGUCCGCCGUGACCCGGAUCGUGGUCAUCGCCAAGGACAUGUUCAAGCAGGAGGGCGCCGCCGCUUUCUACAAGGGUAUCACGCCCCGUGUGAUGAGAGUCGCCCCGGGCCAGGCCGUCACGUUCACGGUCUAUGAGUUCCUGAAGGGCAAGCUUGAGUCAUCGCGGUGGCCCUUCGUUGGCGGCACUUUUGAGGAGUAACCGUGGGGAGAAAAGGUGUUAUGCGGGUAGGAAGGAGUGAGCCGCCAUGUGUUUUCGAAAGCAUUUGAUACCAUGGAGCAUGGUGGCGUUUUCGA